ACAUUAUAAAAAAACGUACACUCUCUUGCAUCUCUUUAGUAUUGUACUGUCUACAAAAUCUCCAUAGUCCCAUGAAUCAAAGUCCUCUUUUUAGUCUUCGACAAAGCUAGAGAUUGUACUUUGAUACUACUCGUACUCAUACGAGAAUCGGAAAAUUUUGAAUUUUUCUAGGGAUUGAAUUUAGUUGAAGAAAAAUGUCUAUGCAGAACAGGCGUAAUUCGAUGAGUUCUUCACAGACAUCUUCUUUGGCUAAGAGGCAAGCAGAGAGCUUUGGAAAAGCUGCGGUUUUUAUACCGGAGAUGGCGAAGAAAAGGCCUGCAUUAGCCAAUGUGACAAAUCAGAAGCAUGUUUCACAGAUUGGCCCAAGAAGCUCGAUGAAUAUGGUAAAACAUCCAGGGAAAAUUGACAAUACAAAGAAGGGGAAUUCCACCAACGCUGCUAAGGCUAAACCAAGUUCAGUUGUUCCGAAAAAUAAUCCAAAUUUGCCAGUUUGUGAUGGAACUUUAUCAAGGACUAUUGCCCCUUCUGGCCCUUGUAGCAUGGACAUAUCUCCGGAUGAAUCGGACAAUUUAUCAGUUUCAAUGGAUGAAAGUAUGUCUACUUGUGAUUCUUUGAAGAGCCCGGAAGUCGAAUACAUAGAUAAGAGCAAUGUGGCAGAUAUUGAUUCAAUUGAAAGAAAGACAUGUAACAACCUCCAUAUAUCAGACCAUGUGGAAACAGGAAAUGUCUGCAAGAGGGACAUAUUGGCGGAAAUGGAAACCAGUGACAAAAUUGUUGAUCUGGAUGACAAGUUUACGGAUCCACAGAUGUGUGCAACAAUGGCUUGCGAUAUUUACAAGCACUUGAGAGCCUCUGAGGUGAAGAAAAGGCCAUCUGUUGAUUUUAUGGAGAAGGUUCAAACAGACAUUACCAUCAGCAUGCGUGCAAUACUAGUUGACUGGCUUGUUGAGGUGUCCGAAGAAUACAGGCUUGUGCCAGAUACUCUGUACCUGACAGUUAACUACAUCGAUAGAUAUCUUUCUGGAAAUAUCAUGGACAGGCAGCGGUUGCAAUUGCUUGGUGUUGCUUGCAUGAUGAUUGCUUCGAAGUACGAGGAGAUUUGUCCUCCCCAGGUAGAAGAGUUCUGCUACAUCACAGACAACACAUACUUUAAGGAUGAGGUAUUUGAAAUGGAAUCUGCUGUUCUGAAUUUCCUCAAGUUUGAAUUGACAGCCCCAACAGUUAAAUGUUUUUUGAGGCGGUUUGUUCGUGCUGCUCAAGGGGUUACAGAGGCUCCAUCAAUGCAGCUAGAAUGUAUGUCCAACUACUUGGCAGAGCUAUCUCUUCUUGAGUACAGCAUGCUUCGUUAUGCCCCUUCGCUUGUUGCUGCAUCAGCGAUCUUCUUGACCAGAUUUAUACUUUCUCCAUCAAUGAGGCCUUGGAACUCCACCUUGAAGCAUUAUGCACAGUACGAGCCUUCAGACCUGCGUGAUUGUGUUAGCGCACUGCAUAGCCUUGCCUGUAACAGCCUCAAUUCCAAUUUACCUGCAAUCAGGGAGAAAUACAGUCAGCACAAGUACAAGUUUGUGGCCAAGUUCAACAUUCCGUCGAUACCUCAGGAGUACUUUCUGGACAUCAUAAGCGGCUGAUAUGUUAAGAGUGGGAUCGAUAACCAUUCCAAUUAUCCGUUGGACUAACUAUCCUGGUUGCAGCGCAGUAUUUGUAGUUUUAGCUUAGAUUCUUCUUACUUUGUGAUGAUUAUGUGAAUAGUUGAUUAAGAAGAUUGCGGAUUUGUUUCUUUUUCAUAUAAUACCCAAUUUUAGAAGACUGAAUCAACAA